GUGAUGAGAUAAUUUGGGGGUGUAAAUAGAGUAACCCACACUCCCAACCCAGCUCUCUUACCCUAGUCAACACUCUUCCCCUUCCCUCUCUACACUGGACAACAAUUAGGCAUCUACCAGGCGGCCGUCCUCCAGGGGUUGUCGUUUGAACUUUGAACUUAAGAAUUACAAUGGCUGCUGCUGCAACAUUCGGUGCUACAAACACUACCACCGCUACUGCCACCAACAAAGAGUAUGAUUAUUAUCGUUCCUUCAAUCAUGAGAAGAGCUCAUGCUCAUUGCUCACACCACCUAGACAUCAUCACAACUCUCCUCUUCGUAGUCGUUUAUUUCCUCAUCGUAAAUUAACACCUAUGACAACUUCUUCAUCGGCCAUUCCAGGCUUUUGGCCUAAUGUUGGAGUGGGUGUGAGCAGUGAAGAUGAUCUUCCUCAUACGCGAUCUUCGUCGUUCGCACGCACAACAGCUGUUCGACAUUUGACGGGAUCUCUUACUGCAACUGAGGGCCUUCGCUUUGCUGUGGUUGUGGCACGGUUUAAUGAGAUUGUGACGAAGCUGCUUUUGGAGGGAGCUUUGGACACGUUCAAGAGAUAUUCAGUUAAAGAAGAAGACAUUGAUGUAGUGUGGGUUCCUGGUAGUUUUGAAAUUGGUGUCGCUGCAGAAAAGCUUGGGAAGUCUCACAAAUAUCAAGCCAUAUUGUGCAUUGGAGCUGUGAUAAGAGGUGAUACUUCCCACUAUGACGCUGUUGCUAAUUCAGUGGCAUCUGGAGUACUCUCAGCGGGUCUGAAUUCAGGAGUUCCUUGCAUAUUUGGUGUUUUGACCUGUGAUGACAUGGAUCAGGCUUUAAAUCGAGCUGGUGGUAAAGCAGGGAAUAAAGGCUCUGAAGCUGCUUUGACAGCCAUCGAGAUGGCAUCUCUUUUCGAGCAUCAUUUGAAAUAGAAUUAUUUGAUCUGCAUCUUCUUGUAUUUUUCUGCACUAAGCUGCCAGAACUUCUAUGUUGAAGCUUUCUAGGGAUAGAAUUAUAUGAUCCACCAAUCUUCUUAUAAAGGGAGUGGUCUGAUGUUGUAUUUUUGCUGCCCCAAGCUGCCAGAACUUCUAUGUUGAAGCUUUCUAGGAAUAAGGUAGCUCUUGAUGGCUUGCUAGCCAUAAUGAGUUCUGUUGUUUGAAACUAUAUGAGGAUGAGAAUAGAUAAUGGGUGAUGGAUUUAACAAAAAUGCUUUUUAUGUGAACUAUUUUUUUUUUUUAAACAUGCCAUUGGUUACAUUUUGAGAC